GCCCGCCCACUCUUGCUCCCGCGCUGAAACCUGCAACUUUUCAUUGUGCUCCGAUAAGACACUUUCACUUGACCAUUACUCUCCCCAACAUGCUAUCGCGUGGUUUUCGCAGACACAACUACAUCGUCAAGAGGCACCACCGACCGGCCGUCACAUUGCGCGACGCACGAUAGGAGCGUCGCGGAAGCCCGACCACUCCCGUCCUGCUGAUACCGGAGUCAACAGGUACUAUGGCCGCCAUGUUGGAUCUACUUCAAUCCGCCUCAGGUUUCACAUCCGAGAAUAGCCUCUCGGGGGUCCCUACCCCGCCAUACACGCCCGCGCGACCCUUUCGACCUGGCAAGCGCACCAGACUGGACCGUGGCGACUCUCCAGCCUCAGUGUCCGGCUCGGUACAUCCCCACGAAACUGAGAGCCCCGCCAAGAAGCCGGCGAAGAAGCGACUUGCGCUCGACAAUAUCAAAGUGGAGGAUCUGACCGAGGAUGUUGGCUACAUGGGCGACGUCGAUGGAAUUUUGCCCUAUGAGACCGAGUCAGCAGAUGAAAGUAGCGAAGACGAUGCCGACGAACACGAUACCGCGACAGACAUAAGCGGCGAUGAGGCUGUGAGCCUGGCGAGGAAAUUGUCGCAGAUGGACUGCACAGACGAUAGGGAAAUAUUCUUGCAAGAAAGGAAACGACGUCGACGGCGCGAACGACAGUCCGUGAAUCACACCAAGCGAACUCACAGCUUGGCCAACGAGAGCAUCGCAGAGCCCACCGACGUCGAAGCCCUGGGCGAUCAUGAUUAUGAAGCUGGGCAGCGGAGACUGAGGAGGCGCACUCGAGGACCAGAUGAGCUGGAAUACCUUGACAAAGAAGAGGCCAGCUACUCGCCUGAGGCCGGGCAGCACAGCUCGGCUCCUGCAAGCAUUGCUUGCAACGUCGAUACCCCCUCGGUCGAGGUGGAAGUGAUGGACAUUGACGAUGCAGGGUAGAGCGGCGUCUAAUGCUGUUCACUGUGCUUACCAUCCAGGAGUCUAGGCGGACACGCAUAGAAUGCGCCAGUCCGCAGCGCACCAGUAGCCUUCCGAGAACAGUCUUGCACGUGUCUUCGAUAAUUGUCUAAACCACUGCAGAUGGUCUUGGACCCGACGAAGUGAUGGUGUCAGAGGUGUUGCGCUCAGCUACAUGAAGAUUGAUCACCACGGGUCACUUCAGACGAACAGUGACAUGCCACAAGGCUGCUCCCAAGGACAGCCGAGACAGUGAAAAAGGCCUCUUGCUUGGCCCUCGGCUGCUCUCCAAAGUCCCAAACGUUUUCCACGACAACGAGAAGAUGGCAAUCGACCACGUCGGACUUCAGGGCUUGUACCUGGUAGUAUCUCAACGUGCAGACUCAUAACCAGCGACAAGGAGAAAAAACAGGUCGAGUUGCAAGCCCCAUUCAAGGAAAGCUCGGCUUGGGUGCGAGAGGAGAAGAAGCGGGCAGAUGAAUGGGGCAUCGGCAUGAAGAUGAAAUGCUGGGAGCGCUCUACUUGUUAUUGUAGGCAGCAUGGGCCAUUGACUUCAUUACUGAAAAGGUAGUAUUCAUCCUGCUGCAGCUGCACCUCUUUCUCCCACACCUGAUCCGUAAUCAGACCGCGGGGGAUACCUGACUUAUCGGCUUACGAGCAAGAAUGCGGCCUUUUCACAUUUGUAUAUGAUAUGGCACGCCCUCU